AUGGAAUUCGACAAACCAGCGACGUCGGCCGAUUCAGUAAAGUUGAAGCGACGUCAAGGUGCUUGUGAGGUGGAGUAUAUCGACACCGCACACCAGAAAUUCUACAAGUAUCUAGUGUUAUACUGGACUAAAUACAAGACCGACCAGGAAGCUUUCGUGUCUCGCUACUUGGCUUUAGUCCAGAGUCCUGGCUUUGGUAAGAGCCGACUCCUGCGUGAAGUAUCCAACAUGGCGAAGACUAAUGGUGGAGACUCUGGAAUUAGUCGAUGA